UGGCGGCGGGCGGCGAUGGGCACGGCGGCCGUGCACCUCCUGCUGCUGCUGGGGUUGCUGCACGCCGGACCCGGCGGCGAGGGCAGGAAGGGCUGGCGGCGGCGGGGCCCGGCGGCCCGCGAGCGCGGCGAGGCGGCGGCCGCGGCGGCGGCGGCGGCGCCGGCCGAGAGCUUCCCGCUGGACUUCACCGCCGUGGAGGGCAACAUGGACAGCUUCAUGGCGCAGGUCAAGAGCCUGGCGCAGUCGCUGUACCCCUGCUCGGCCCAGGCGCUGCCGCACGACCUGCGCCUGCACCUCCUGCACAACGCCUCGGUCACCUGCAACGACGGCAGCCCGGCCGGCUACUACCUCAAAGAGUCGAAGGGCAGUCGGCGGUGGCUGCUGUUCCUGGAAGGGGGCUGGUACUGCUUCAACAGGGAGAACUGCGACACGCGCUACGACACCAUGCGGAGGCUGAUGAGCUCCAAGGAGUGGCCGGCGACCAGAGUGGGAACGGGGAUCCUGUCGUCACAGCCGGAGGAGAACCCCCACUGGUGGAACGCCAACAUGGUAUUCAUCCCGUAUUGCUCAAGUGAUGUUUGGAGCGGUGCCUCUUCCAAGUCUGAGAAAAACGAAUACGCCUUCAUGGGAGCGCUGAUCAUCCAGGAGGUCAUCAAGGAGCUCGUGGGAAAAGGUCUUAGCACUGCGAAAGUGCUGCUGCUGGCAGGGAGCAGUGCUGGAGGAACAGGAGUGCUGCUGAACGUGGAUCGUGUGGCAGAGCAGCUGGAGGAGAUGGGGUACCAAGGGAUCCAGGUGCGUGGCUUAGCAGACUCUGGGUGGUUCCUGGAUAACAAGCAGUACCGCAGAACUGACUGCAUCGAUACCAUCACGUGUGCUCCAACAGAAGCCAUCAGAAGGGGAAUAAGGUACUGGAAUGGUAUUGUUCCUGAACGCUGUAAGCUGCAGUUUAAAGAGGGAGAAGAAUGGAAUUGUUUUUUUGGAUAUAAGAUUUACCCCACUCUUCGAUGUCCGGUCUUUGUUGUCCAGUGGCUGUUUGAUGAGGCCCAGCUUACUGUGGACAAUGUACACCUCACUGGCCAGCCUGUUCAGGAGGGGCAGUGGCUCUACAUCCAGAAUCUGGGUAGGGAGCUGAGGAACACCUUGAAGGACGUGACUGCUAGCUUUGCUCCUGCCUGUUUGUCUCAUGAGAUCAUUACACGCAACCAUUGGACGGACAUCCAGGUGAAGGGGACAUCAUUACCCCGCGCCCUGCACUGCUGGGAUCGGAGCCUACAUGAGAGCAACAAAAAUGGGAAGGCUCCUCUGAAAGGUUGCCCAAUUCAUCUGAUUGACAGCUGUCCGUGGCCCCACUGCAACCCCUCGUGCCCCACUAUCAGGGACCAGUUCACAGGGCAGGAGAUGAACGUGAUCCAGUUCCUCAUGCACAUGGGUUUUGACGUGCAGAAGAUGGCACAGCAACAGGGCCUGGAGCCCAGUAAACUCCUGGGGAUGCUCAGCAGUGGUAACUAGGAGGGGAUCUUGCCAGGGGCAGAGAGAUUAGAUCAGGAGGAGACUCGGAGCCCUUCUCCCACACUCUCUAAUCUUCCUUACGCUCAUGCAGGCUGGUGCACGCUCACCCCCACGCAGGCUGAAACCUGCACACCCCCAUUUGCUCCCACACUCUUGCACACUUUGGAUGUGUUAAGAAAAAGAAAAAAAAAAGCAAUUUCUUGCUCACACUGUUUGACUGGAACGUGUUACCUCCAAGCUCCAGGGCUCGGUCUUGGCCAUUCACAUCCUCUUCUGUGUUACACAAGGCAAUCUGACACAGCGAGUAGAGAAGCCAUAAACAUAGCACGAUGAGAACCUUCCCCAGAUCUAGGACUUUCUCCCUUGCCAUGAAUUUGACAUCAUAGACUCGUACAAGUGGUGAAAAAAGCAAGCACUGGAUUUCUUUUGUCCAACUAGAAGUGAAGAAAUGAUUACAUGACUUCCUGGAGGCCAGCAUCUCAUCAUGUAUCGCAGUGCACAAACCAAGGACACGUGCUAGGGAUGGACACUCUUGUAAUCAACUUACUUUUGUCUUAUUUUAUAAAAUGACUUUUUUAUUACUUUUUUAAAACUAAGCAAGAAAUAUAAAUGAUAUUGUUUUGUAACAUAUUUUUUUUUAAAUAACGAAGAAACCUCUUGCUACUUUGGCAAUGUGGACAUAUUUAUUUUAAUAUGUAAAAUGCUAUUUAUAAGAGCUGACCAGAGAACCAUUCAUAUGUCUUUGUAAAGUUGUAUAUGCUGCUCAUUUGGAUGGGAUUUCCUUACGAUCACUGUGCCUGGCGGUGGGCUGAGAGUGGUGUUGUCAUUUUAUAAUAACGAGACUCUGGUGUUCCCCUUGCAGUUUGCUUUGUCGUUCCCUCUAAAGAAGAUUGUAGUGUAUGAAGAUGCAGAUUUUCACCCAGCAGCUGCUGUUUGCAUCCUUACACGGCAUUUUCAGCUUGAGGAUUGUGAUAUAUCAGCUAUUCCGGGGCAUUGCAUUUUAAGAUAUGUUUUUAUAGCAGUUAAGAAAGGUUUGGUUCAAGCGGGCCUGUCUCGAAAGGCAAAGUGUUUCCAACAUAAAAGCACAAGACAAGAAACAA